AUGACUUCCUGGCUUGAGAUAGAGACGGCCGCACUCGCAGACGCGGUCGGCGUAGUAGGCGUGCGGGGCGUAGGAGACGGCAGUGGUGGAGCGGCCGUAGGUGUUGCAGAGGUGGUAGGUGAGGUCCUGGAUCUCUUCGGAGCUGAGCUCCAUGUCGUUGCGGAUGACCAUGUAGUGCGAGGGUUUGGCGGUGCCCUUGGGGAUGUGGUGGGAUUGCAGGUAGAAGUCGAAGUAGUACGGGUGGGUGAUGCCGGAGUCCACGACGGUGCCUGGCGGGCAGUUGAGGUCCUUACCAUCAGGCUAGGGCGGCUUAACGGGGUACGGUCUGGUGUGGUGGCGCUUGAUGACGACGAGGGCGGUGAUCAGGACUUUCUGCGUAUGAUUUGGAAGCUUCUCCUUGCGAAGAGUGUCCCAAGCAGCCUCGAUGCAUCGCACUUCGUUGUUCAGGAUCUUGUCGAGGUAGCUGUCGCCGACGCCAUCGCGGUAGUAGAGGAUGCGCUUUGGUAG